GGAACAAUGAGUCCUCAUGAACCACCAGGUGUUGGCUGAAAUAUCUGUCUUCCAUCAACUUCUGAAGUGAUCAAAGCCAGGCUUGCAGUAAAAAGGGACAAAAAUGGGUGGGACAAAAAUGCUCCCAGAGAACACUUGCGGUGUCAAAGUGCCUCAAAAGUUAUCAUGGAGCUCUAUGAUUGAGAUAAUACAGGACAACGGUGAGUUAGAACUUCAGGAAAUAAUGUGAUGUUGAUGGUAUCCUUUAUUACUGUGUGAACUGGUAGCUGCUAGAUCCAGGCUUCAGGCCAGAUUCUUCCCUUCAAGUGUGGGUCCCUUUCCUCCUUGCCAGCAGAGCACUCCCACUGCACAAUCAUUUGCUGUCUGUCUUCUUCUGAGUCCAUACUGUACAAGGCGAGAGGAUGUUCCAUCUCAUUCUGGUAAUUGCCUGUGUGCUUGGAGAGUGGAGGCAAAUAGACAGUGACUUCAGGCUUGGAGGAGGAGCAGGCCUUGGAGGCUGUGGGUCCUUUGCAUGGUUGAGACAAGGUGGCACUGUGGUCUAAACCAUGGAGCCUCUUGGUCAUUUUAAUACCAGGGAACAGUUUAGUGUGGUCCAAUACAGUGGUACCUCUAGUUACGAACUUAAUUCGUUCCGGAGUUCCAUUCUUAACCUGAAACUGUUCUUAACUGGAGGCGUGCUUUCGCUAAUGAGUCCUCCUGCUGCCACUGUGCCGCCGGCACAUGAUUUCCGUUCUCAUCCUGGGGGCAAAGUUCUCAACUUGAGGUAACUCUUCCAGGUUAGCGGAGUUUGUAACCCGAAGCAUUUGUAAGCUGAGGCGUUUGUAGCUCGAGGUACCACUGUAGUUCAAUAUGGCUCAUUUUUGCCCACAACUCAUACCAAGCAACAGAGUCACCCACAAACUUUUCAGAUUUGUAAAGUUCCUGAAUGGAAUUGACAUGGGCUUGAAAGUUUUGUUAUUCUGCCCCCCCCCCCCCCACCGGUCCAGCUCCAUGGAUUUUUCUCUCAACCUCUGUGCAAGUUUAUCUCCCACCCUUGCCUUUAUAGUAGACAAAAGCACAUGGUUCAAGUUUGGCCCUAAGGGGACAUAGGAUUUCUGCCUUAGGGUGCUGCCAGAAGGGUGUUUAUUGUAGGAUAUCUGCUUCUCUAGUAUACAUUGUUUUUACAGAGUCCACACAACAGUGCAUGUCCUGUAACUUUUAACACCAUUCAAGGUUUGUUUUGUUUUGUUCUUGUUUUGUCCUGGUUUUGUUGUGCUGCAGCACAAUAACAUUGGUGUUAAACAGAUAAAAAGUUGACUACCAACAAAGUAACAUACUCCUCUGCCUAGUGAUGGGCUUUCCUCUGCUUUCCUCCUUUUAGGAACUGGAAAGCCUGUCCGGUCCACGAUGCCAAGAAGCUCCGUUCACCAGGUCAUAACUGGAGCCCCAUGAUCCUUAUCCGUAAAAAGCCAUUUUGAAAUAUCCUUUCCAACUCUUGGCAUGAAGUGGCUCUGAGGGUGGAGCUAUGCUGAUGAAGGGGUGGGGCUAUGUAAAUAAGCCCCCCUUCUCAGUGGCUUUUGUGUUCUGCGCUGAACAAAGUACAGUGGUACCUCGGGUUAAGUACUUAAUUCGUUCCGGAGGUCCGUUCUUAACCUGAAACUGUUCUUAUCCUGAAGCACCACUUUAGCUAAUGGGGCCUCCUGCUGCCGCUGCGCUGCCGGAGCACAAUUUCUGUUCUCAUCCUGAAGCAAAGUUCUUAACCUGAGGUACUAUUUCUGGGUUAGCAGAGUCUGUAACCUGAAGCGUAUGUAACCCGAGGUACCACUGUAGAUAGGUUGCAAAUCUGCAACAGCCUCAAGGAGGCAAAACUUUAUCCUCAGCCUAGACACCAGGGAUUUUGACUGCUUUGGAACAGUCACAGCACCUUUUUACUUCCCUCCAUGAAAGCAGAUGGCUAUCAAUUUCUCCUAUGGGGGAAAAAAUAAAACAUUGCACUUGGAAACAAUCUGGCAGAGGGGGCAAAAUCCACCUUCCAAUCCUGGCUCUGAAUGGCCUGCCUUCCUACGUGCAUGUAUGGAAUGCAUAAUUCUUUUUACCUAGCUGUGCCUGCAGUCAUGUCCAAGAAUUAUUUUCCUGUGAUAGGCACACACUUGUUAACCAUCUACUGCCUCCCUGCUUGCAUCAAGCCUUGCCUGUUUUGAGAAAACGGAGGACUGGUUGGUAUUCUGUAACUUUCCCAGCCUGCUUUGUUUUAAGCUUCUUUGGUUCUACCAGCUUGAUUUGUAUUUAUAUCCAGGCAUGGUAGUCACCGCAUGAAUGCGUAUUAAUUAUACACAAACGACAAAUGCUCUUUACACAUUGUCCCUCUUUUCUGCUGCUGCACCUUGUCCCAUCCCAGAACCUUGAAGGAAUUCUGGGAGCUUCUGCUCUUCAGAAAUCAUGUGCCACAUAGGAAGACAUACUCACUGGCAAUAUUUACAGUUUUCCUCCACACAUACCCUCCCCAUCCAAAUGAUGAAUGUCGCUUUCUAAAAAAAAUAAACAGAAGUGAGUUCUGCAACAUGCGGUGAAACAUCGCACAAGGAUAGCAGAGGCAUGUUUUCGUUUUUAAGUAUGGCUGGCUCUACUGAAUGACUCAGGUCUCAGUGAAGAAUCUGUGUUGCUGUUGUUGAAGAAUGCCCAGUCUGGAGCUUACGGAACCACAGGUUCAAGCAGGGCGAGUAAGGAAAAGCUUACCAUCCAGGAAUAGGCAGCGGCAUUCUGAAAUAUUUACAGCGCUGGAGUUAGGGCCAUGCAGGCAGUUCCCCUGCACAGAGUGCCAAACCAAGGCACCACAAAAAAAUAGUAAUAAAAGCCUAUAUUUAUAUGGGUACCUACUCAAAGUUAGGGGGGCACCAAAUUUUGUCCUUUCCCAGGGCGCCAUAUUACCAAAGUCCGCCCUUGUAUAUUGGUUAGAAGAGAGAAAAAGCCUACGAGUGGUCUUGUACUUUGGUAUAAGCAUUAUACGAUACGAUAAUCUUUAUUGUCAUUGCCCCAUACAGAACAACGAAAUUGAAAAAAUCUAAACCAGACAUUCAAAAACCAACAAGCCUGCUAUCCCAGCUAUUCCGGCCUGCUUAGCCCCCUAAAAACUCUGAUACCCCAUAAUUAAAUACAAUAUAUACACUGCGUUUAAAGCCAAAAUCACAUUUGAAUAGAAACUGUUUCUCAGGCUGCUAGUCCUAGUCUUUAUAACCCUGUACCUUCUUCCAGAAGGUAGAAGGUGAAAGAGAUCAUUUCCAGGGUGCGCACUAUCCUGCACUAUCUCUGCAGCUUUCUUAUGGCACCUGGAAGCAUAGAUUUGAUCCAAGGUGGGAAGAGUACACCCAAUUAUUCUCUCCGCAGUCUUUACAACCCUGGACAGCAUUGAUUUUACCUGACCGUUCUGAGGCAUGUGGCCAUAGCAAAGGCUAAGGCUGUGUACACACUAUAACUUUAAAGCGCAUUAAAAAGCACCUUCUUUCCAUCAAAGAAUUCUGGACACUGUAGUUUGCCCUUCAAAGAGUUAAACUCAGCAACCAUUAAGAGACCAGAAAUCCCAGAAUUCUUUGAGGGAAAGAAGGAGCUUCCAAUGUGGUUGUGUGUGGGGAAUGCGAUCUGCUUGUGCAAUGGGACUGCAGCCAUCCACAUCCCCUCGAUCUUCUCUGAAAGGAUGGGGGAACCUCCAGAACAGGUUUAAGUGGGGCAAAGCAGAAUGGGGAGGGAAGUCUCAAUGUGUGCAUGCAUACACCACUUAGGGCUACACUGAAUUCAUCCCAUAAGUGUGUUUCCCAGACAUGUGUCUAAUUAAGGGAAAUCUAUUUCUGACAAUAAGAUCGCUUUGCUUCUUUCCUGUAGUAGUCUUAGUGUUUUAAUAUUUUUCGUCCUCAGAUUCCUCGUGUAACUUACCCAUGUUCUCCUUCAGAGUGGAGGACGUUCCAGCCCGUGGUCACCUUUGUCCAGCCCAGAAUAGUUGAGCAGCCUGAUGCAGCUAGCUUGAAGAAGCAAUGCCCGUAUCGGAAGAAGCUGGAAAAGCAGAAGAAAAAGGCCCUGAAGAAAAGGUAAGAUAUAGGACACUGAGUUUCUAAGUCUACAAGCCUGACUUGAAGUAAUAAAUGAAUACUCCUUUAAGCUAAAUCUCCAAGCUUUGCUGCUUGGAGCGCAAAGGAUUCAGGCUAUUCUAUGCUGGUGCUAACACUGGUGUUAAACUGACUAUUUAAUGGGCUGCCUGGUCCAAACAAAAACAAAGCAGAUCAAACAAUACUGCAAAUUCAAGCAAGAGUGCAAAUGCAGAAACAAUGCAAAAUACACAAUUUAAAGCAACACCAUCACAUUUUCUGGCCCUCUGUAGUCUUCAGAAAAGAUACUUGAGUAAAGAUAUCCGGUAAAUAUAUUUGCAAGAUAUUGGCAAAACUAAAUGGAAGUUGUCUCUUAGACCAACUUGAUUGUCUUAUAAAUGUAAGUUAACAGAAUAAUGAAAGGAACAAGCCCACAAAGGAAAAUAAUCUUAACUUCUUUGGACAGGGAGUUUCACAUACAGCCGUGUUUGUCUGCUUCCUCCAGUAUCCAGUAGGUGGUAAUAGCAUAUCACAGAUUGUUCAUCUUUGUCUACCGAGUCAAUGUGAGACUUUUUAGGUGCUGAAAUUGCCCUUUAGCAGAGCAAAUUGAACUGUCUGUGUGGGACUCACCUCACUGAUUUCAUCCGCCUUUUGGAUUCACCUGGCCUCUCAGACAUGAAUAGCAAUGGAACAAAAUUUUAUUAUUUAAUGCACCAACGUUUUAUUAUUUAAUGCACCAAAAUUUUAUUAUUUAAUGCACCAAAUACACCGGGGGGGGGGAGGAUGAUUCACAUACAAGUAUAUUGUAUGCAUUUUUCAGAGUUAAAUUUCAUAUGUUCAGUAUUACCCAGGUGUUUGCAAGCCACUUGCAUUUUUUUUAACAAUCUCUCAUGUCUCAUCAGCUUGGGAAAUGAACAGUUACAUACCAGACCCUCCAAGUGUCCCUAUUUUCCAGGGAUGUCCCUGAUAUAGAGAAGCCAUCCCCGUUUCUGAUUUCAUCCUGGAAUGUCCCACUUUUUCUUAGGAUGUCCCUCUUUUCAUUGGUGAAAUGGAAAAUAGGGACCCUUGGAGGGUCUACAGUUAUUGCAGUGCCUACUUGCCUUUAGGGCUAAUUGACGUGGUGGUUUGCAUGUGCUGGCAUGCAGUGGUUGUUAUUUACUGCAUUUUGAAAUAAUAAUAAUAAUUUUUAUUAUUUCUACCCUGCCCAUCUGGUUGGGUUUCCCCAGCCACUCUGGGUAGCUUCCAGCACAUACAAAAACACAGUGCUUUUUUUCCUUAAAGAAAUGUUUAGGGGUACUCUCAUUUUCCUACUCAUAUUGAAAUACUGCCCCUCAAUGAGGCCAAACUUAGAUUCACAAAAUGUUUAGGGGUACAUGCGUACCCCUGUGUCCCCCCCAAAAAAGCACUGUAAAAACAUAGUAAAACAUUGAACACUGAAAACAUCUCAAUACAGAGCUGCCUUCAGGCGUCUUCUAAAAGUUGUGCAGACCUUUAUCUCCUUGACAUCUGAUGGGAGGGUUUCCACAGGGAGGGUGCCACUGCCAAGAAGGCCCUCUGGCUGGUUAAUGAUUAAUACAGCCUCUUUCCUCUUCCAGGGAUAUAUUUCUGUCUGUCCCAUGUACAGUUUGCAUGACAUGAACAUCAGAGUUACCCCACGUUUUGAGAAUCUUCUGCCUUCGUAGUACAAUCAAAGUAAUGACAAAACUGCAUCUCCCCAGCGUAAUUGAAGGACUUUCUUGUACAGUGUGGAUUUAUACUGUAUUGCACUAGAUUCCUUUGCUCGUUUUUAUUCCUGCAGUGCUAACACUCUCAGUGAGUGCAUUAACCAAAUUUUAAACAGCCCAUCACGGUGUCUUUUCUCUUGCUCAGGUCUGACUUUUCCCUCUCCAAGUAUGUCAAGUUAGCAAGGAUUAAAGAGAAGGAGAACUUCAAUGAGAAGGAAAAUUUGAAUCCAGAAAGGCUCAAGGUCAGAAGCCAAAGGUUAUGGUUUGCAACAGGGACAUCUGCCAAGAACGGAUUUAAGAAUUAAUUGUAGAUUAAUUGUUGCAUGCUUUUUACUCAUGGAUCAGGGCAGGGAUGAGGAAAGUUUUGUUGUGUGUGCCUCAUUGCCAGUUUGAAAUAUGUAAAUUGGCAAACAUGGAGGAGGCCCAUUCUUCAUCCUAUUCAGAUGGACACAUGGUGCAAUUUAUAUUGUUUUAUGGGUAUGGGGAGCUCUUCUUGUUUUCUUCAUACUCUUAUCUGUAAAGAAGGCUUUUUUUGUGAAGGCUGAAUUCAUAUACAUGGCUCACUACUGUCAGUGGGACUUUACUACCUAUCACUAAAACAGCCAUUUUAUUUAUUUUCUACCAUCGCAACAAUCCUAUGCAUUAUGAAGUGUCACUAUUAUUUCCAUUUUACAGGUGCGAGACUGAGGCAAAGAGGCAAUGAUUAAUGUCACACAAUGAAUCCAUGACAGAGGUGUACUCACUCAUUCUCUAUCUCCCUAACUGGCACUAGAAGAUAAUCAGUUAAAACUCACUGGCCUUAGUGUGACUUAACGGUGUGGCUAGUUAGGCAAAGCAAGCUAGCAAAAGCUUUUUAGCACCCUUUACAAGAGAGUUGUAAUACAUCAUUGGAAUUUUAACACUUUUAAUACAGCGCUCUCUCUCUCUCUCUCGCUCUGUGUGUGUGUGUGUGUGAGUAAUUUUUAUUUUGUGUGCUUGCAGGCUCUCAUAAACUAUUUAGAUUCUCCUGUGGAACUUGAGCAACUCUAUGCAGCUCAGGUAAAGUUAAGACUUCUUAUCUGUUUAUUUUCGAGCUUGGAAAAGCCUUUCGAAAGGCUUGUUGUUGUUGCUGUUGUUGUUGUUCUCCCCUUCCAGAUUUCAUUUAAUAUAUGAGCGCUAUCUGCUUUUAAAAGAAACACAACAAAAAGCAACAAAGCUAAGAUUAUCAGAAUUUCAAAAGCGUGCCAAGCGUUCCGGGUCAGAAAUCACAUUGCAGAUUAAGUCCUUUUACUGGUUAAACUUUGGAACUCACUGAUGAUGGCCACCAGCUUGGAUGACAUUAAAAGACUUUAAAAGAGAAUUAGAUAAAUUCAUGCAGGAUAAGGCAACCAAGGGCUGCUAGCCAUCAUGGCUGUGCUUUGUCUCCACAGUCAGACACAGUAUGCUUCUGAGUAUCAGUUGCUGGAAAGUGCAGGCAGGAUGGGUCAUUGGCCUGAUCCAGCAGGCCCUUCCUUUUUACAUUAGAGGUCAGGAAUUACAGUGGUAUCUCGAUUCUCGAACGUAAUCCGUUCUGGAGGACCAUUUGACUUCCAAAAUGUUCGAAAACCGAGACGCAAAGGGCUGGCUGCAAAUUCAAUUGAAAAACACGCAGCAGAAGCCGUUAGACUUCCGAGACUCGUUCAAAAACAGAAGCAAUUACUUCUGGGUUUUCGACGUUCAAAAAUUGAAUUGUUCGUCUUCCAAGAUGCUCGAAAACUGAAGUACCACUGUAUUUCCCAUGGAAAGACACUGCGGUCCCAUGUAAAAAUUCAGAUCCAUGUGCCUAUCAAAUGUGUAGGCCUUCUAGGAAAGGGCCAUUGUCCAUUGAUAACAAAUCUUCAGAAGCCCCCAAGUUCAGUCCCUCUCAUUUCCAGGAAAGACUCAGAAUGUCUCCUCUUUGAAACCCCAGAAAACCUCUGUAUAGAAAAUACUGAGCUAGGUGGACCAGUGGUCCAACUCAUUAUAAAGUGAUUCCUAUUAACCUUAUUCCUGCUAUACAGAGUUCUGCGUACCCUAGGGAUGCUUAUUUAUUUAUUCAUUCUGGGUCAAGUUCGGAAAACCGGUUUGGAGGAAUACAGAGGUCUCAAAGACCAUUAUUGGGGAAGCAAGGACCUUCAUCUAUUGGCCAUGUUUACGUGUUACACUCAGUCGUCGGUGUAGGUGUGGUAACAUCUGGUAAAGCCACUGUUAUUUGUGUGUUUGCUUCUUUAAAUUCUGCUAAGCUAUAGAAGUGACGCAGCAGAAAUAGAGCAAAGGUUUGGCUGGCCUCUAGACUCUCUGCCCAUGUUGUGCUUCCCCAGAAGUCCUUUCAGCUAAAGCACAAAACUUUGAAGUGGCGACUUGCCUUAGGUAAAGGUAAAGGGACCCCUGACCAUUAGGUCCAGUCGUGGCCGACUCUGGGGUUGUGGCGCUCAUCGCGCUUUAUUGGCCAAGGGAGCCGGCGUACAGCUUCCAGGUCAUGUGGCCAGCAUGACUAAGCCGCUUCUGGCGAACCAGAGCAGCGCACAGAAACGCCGUUUACCUUCCCGCCGGAGCGGUACCUAUUUAUCUACUUGCACUUUGAACAUGCUUUCGAACUGCUAGGUUGGCAGGAGCUGGGACCGAGCAACGGGAGCUCACCCUGUCGCAGGGAUUCGAACCGCCGACCUUCUGAUCAGCAAGCCUUAGGCUCUGUGGUUUAACCUACAGCGCCACCCACGUCCCUAGACGACUUGCCUUACCUUGCACCUAUUCCAGGUGGAUGGGAACAGCUCAACUUGUUUAUGGUAGGGACAAUAGUGUUGGAAAACGCCCUGGGGGUGUCUUUGCAGCCCCAAACUCCAAGCGUCCUCUGGUAUGCGCAGCUCUGGAAAAGGCAUUACCCUUCUCCAGUGUGCUUUAGUUACAUAUAUCAAAUUAUAUGUGCACACUAAUCUUCUAGCAUAACACAGCAAGAAGCGUGAGACAUCGUAGAGCUCAUCUAUGUAUUUAUUUACACACUAUGUACAGACAGAGGAUCCAUGGCAUCUCCUCUCUCCAGCUCUGAGAGGAAACAGGCAGGAACAAGUAAAAGCAAAAGUAUAGUACAAUAGUACAUACAGCGGAAGAGAUAAGACUGUCUUCUUUUCCCACACUCUUCCCAGACAGGCAUGUGAUUUACACCAAUCUCAUCUGCAGCAUUGGAGGCGUGAAAUACUAACAAAUACAGUGGUAUCUUGGGUUAAGUACUUAAUUCGUUCCAGAGGUCCGUUCUUAACCUGAAACUGUUCUUAACCUGAAGCACCACUUUAGCUAAUGGGGCCUCCUGCUGCUGCCACGCCGCUGGAGCACGAUUUCUGUUCUCAUCCUGAAGCAAAGUUCUUAACCCGAGGUACUAUUUCUGGGUUAGCGGAGUAGCGGAGUCUGUAACCUGAAGCGUCUGUAACCUGAAGUGUAUGUAACCCGAGGUACCACUGUAGUGGGUGAUGAAUGCCUUUUGUUCGAAGAUGUGGUGGACCAGAGAAAGCAAUUGAGUGCGGGUCAGCUGUGUGCCUUUUCAAAGCCUCUCCAGAAAGCAGUCUUGCAGUUUGUAGUGCAUUUAUAUUUUUCAAGGCAGAAACAAAUCUCUCUGCAGUUUCCUGCAGGAAUUGGGAGAGGCCACCCUGGUGAUUAUUCUGAUUUCUCUGCCUGUCUUCCUAGGCCCUUGGACAACUUGGGGUUGCUGAGGAAUCUGUCACAUCUGCACUUUUUAAUACUGUAAGUAGAAUCCCCAUGGACUCUUGCCAUCUUGUGAUGGGCAUUUGCAGACCUUUCUAACUAGAUACUAAAUGGGGCAUUUGGCUAGUGCUAGUAUGAAUCUCCCUCAUACUCAGUAGCAUCUGGGAGGGAGGAGUGUGAUGGGAAUGUGGUAUCAUUGUGUGACACCCCCCCCAUGCCAGUUCACCAACUGCUACAUGCAGGAGCAGUGAAUUCUUGAAUGUGGUAGCAUCUCAUUACGCAUUUCCUUUAACAGCUGUUUCUGGGGAUACACAUGAGGAGACGUGGGUCAGUGGCAGCCCUGCAUCUCCUGUAACAUCUAGUUAGGUAAAGGUAAAGGGACUCCUGACCGUUAGGUCCAGUCACGGACGACUCUGGGGUUGCAGCGCUCAUCUCGCUUUACUUGCUGAGGGAGCUGGUGUACAGCUUCCAGGCCAUGUGGCCAGCAUGACUAAGCCGCUUCUGGUGAACCAGAGCAGUGCACGGAAAUGCCGUUUACCUUCCCACUGGAGCGGUACCUAUUUCUCUACUUGCACUUCGUGCUUGCGAACUGCUAGGUUGGCAGGAGCAGGGACCGAGCAACGGGAGCUCACCCCGCCGCGGGGAUUCGAAGCGCCGAACUUCUGAUUGGCAUGCCCUAUGCUCUGUGGUUUAACCCACAGCUCCACCCACGUCCCACCCUGCUAUGUCAUCAUAUCUCACCAUUGGCAAUGGCAUAGCCCACAAGGGAAGUGGGUAUGUGUGUGACUCUUCUGAGGUUAAAUAUAGAGCCCCUUGUAACUGUGGACUGGAGCAAGACUCACCAUAGUUAUUGCUGGGGAAAGUUUUCGUACCAUAUUAAGAACUUGUUGGGGCUGGAGGGAAUUUGCCUUACCAUGCAGCAUAUGACUUUUCACAAUUAAUUUAUAGGCAUUUGCUUUUCACGUGCCUCCUCUGUGCUUAUGCUAUAUAUACAAUCUUGGAUUGAGCUGAGCCCUGGUGAGUGGGCAGGCAGGGUGCUUGGCUUUGGUCUUUCGAACCCUUCCACUUCUAUUCUGUGCACCUGUGAUAUGCUUAGAUGUUCAUGCAUGUAUAAGUAAAUGGUUUCCAGCUGGCCUGCCAUUAGUACUUAUUCUCUCAGUUCCAGGAAUGCAACAGCUUGCCUUUGCAGUAUGAAGCAGCCCGGUCGCUGGCUUUGCUAGGUGAGUGACAUUUCACCUCUGAUCAUUAUCUACACAACACAAGAUCCUUCAGCACAGUUUGAAGCCAACUUGUUUGGACAGCCAUAGUUAGCGCUGACCAUGCCCCAGUUUGGACAGAAAAACAAACCAGAGUUAGAUGGACUUGAGCUCUUUUCUUCCUUCUUCCUCCUGGUGUGGCUAAUUUUCUAUUAUUACUCACAGAGGAAUGCUCCCUGGUGCAUUUAUAGCAAUCCUCGUGUAUUAUAGGCCUUGUCACAUGCAAGCAGAGGAGGGGUUUUUUCCUCCCUCACAGCUUUCUUUUGCACAUUUCACACUUGUGGCAGAAUUAUAAAAGGUGACUUCCGGUCCCCUCUGUUACAGGGAUAUAACCAUUUGAGAUUCCUGUGUGGGCUGAUAUUUCAGAUGACUUUCUGUUGGAUUUGAAUGUUUUGAUUGCUUAGAACCCCCGGCCAAAUUUUUUAGACACACAUGGACUUUGAUUGAAUUGGAGACUUCUAUUUCCUGAUAGACUUCAGAGUGAGAUUAAGGAAGGAAUCCUUGGACUGGGAGCAAGUCCAGCUGAAAUUAGUAGAAUUUGUUUUCAGAUAAACACACAGGCUGCAAAUUGCCCAGUGAUCUUUUUCAGCAUGCCUUUGAAGACUGAAAUCACAUCUGUAAGCAAGAUUUGAGCCAAGGCUCAGCCUUACAAACUUCUUUUGGAUACCGCAGCUCAGCCUGGAAUAUCUGAAGUAUUAAUAACCAAUCAUAAUAAUAAGCAGCCUACUUUCACUUUUUGUUUGCUAAAGAGUAUCAACAUCCGUCCUCUCAAGCUGGCAAGCAGGUGUCGGUUUGGUAUUUCUGUUUUUAAAGGGGGAAAGAAAUAUUCUGUCUAGAAUAUAUAUCCUCAGAAUUGUUUUGCCUUGCAAUGUGCUUCCCCUCCAUUGUCACUGAACUCUUGUGCUUGAAUUAAUUUGUUUAUCUUUGCUCUAAUUGUAUUUUUAUUGCUUUGCGUUUUUAUUUUGAAUAUGUUUAUGUAUGCCCGCAGAGAACUACAGUUAAGGGGUGGCAAAUACUGCCGGUAAUUAAAUAAAACUUCCUGGGAGUUUUGCUUUUCCCUUUGAUCACUGCCUCUUGAUUCUCUGGAGCAGGUUGUCUAGAUACCUCUGUAGUGAAAAUGCUAAUUAGACACCUAAAGGAUGCGAGUCUGAAUCGGAGAGAAGAUACACUGAGUGCGUUGAAGGUAUCCCUGCAGGCAUGGUCAAUGACACCUGAACUUGAGGUAAUAUGUGGGGCUGUAUUACAGAUAGACAUGUGUUCUGCCCGUUUCUUCUCUUUCUGGGCCUAUUUAAACAGCUUUCAGAUCACUGUUGCACCUAAUGCAGCUGCUCUCUUUCCCUAGUGGUAUUGGAUAGGUGCCCGGUCCAGUUUAAUCCGAAAUCUGCGACGGUUGGUGAACCUACAAGAUCCCAUGGACAGCGUGUCAUUCGACGCAGCCCUUUGCUUAGGGUACCUGGACAAGUAUAAUCCAAUCGCACAAGAGACCAUGUUCAUGUGCUUGUCCCAGGACGACUGUCAGAGGAAAAUUCAGGUGGGGCUGUUACAUAAAUGGACAGAGAGAUAUGAGUUGUGCUUUGUGGUCCGAAUAUCUCUGUGAAGUGAGUCCCUGAGAAAUAUUUGCCCCAGGAUAAUCACAGGGGAAAGGAGAAACAAAACUUGUUGUGCAUUCUGCCUUCUCACAGGGCAGGGGGCGAAGUUGCAGUUAUUGCUCAUUCCCCCUGUUUAAGAGAAUAUAAAAAUGCACAUUUAUCAGCCACCUUCCCCAGUUUGCUUCCCUUUUCCUUAGCUAGUCAUGGCCCUGAGAUGGGAGAAAUCUGCUAUGCAUAGGAAUAGCCAUAAUCAAGAAUAUUUAGCUCAGAUCUGUACUGUGGCUGCACCCAAUAGUGGACGAAGACCUUUGUGCAAACUGAACUAGUCAAGGCAUUGGGAGACACGGGGCUCAAUCUCCCUUAAUCUACAACAGAGAUAAAAGCAGCUGUGGCACAGGAGUCAGUGUGAGAGGAGAGAAUCAGAUUUAGGCUGUAAGAGGAGUAUUUCCCAGCCUUGGGUCUCCAGCUGUUUGUGGACUACAACUCCCAUCAUCCCUAGCAAGCAUGACCAGUGGUCAGGGAUGAUGGGAAUUGUAGACUGAAAAAAGCUGGAGACCCACGUUUGGGAAACACUGCUGUAGAGCUAUGGUGAAGCUUUUUCUUAUACCUCAUUGACAGUAUAUCAUUUGUUUGUACAUUUGCACAUUCUCCAUGGAAGCUAGAAGCUGACUUUUUAAAACCUGGUUUGUUUGUUUUUCUAAAGAAAAGGCAAGAAGAAAAAGACGCAACUUUAGGAUUCAGUUGAAAGGAUUUAAACUGUAGAAGAUCAGAUUCCUAAUAUGCCGUUGGGAGAAGAGUUGGGCAAUUGCAUUAAGUUGUUUUGGGAUCUCCUUUCCUACAGUUUUUCAGGAGUUCAGGUUCAGGGACUGUCGUAUUAUUUUAAUGCUACCUUUAAUAUUAUUUAGUUAAACGAGACUUCUUGGCAUGAAGCCCAAAUUGUCUUCCUCUCCCCCAUACCUUACCCCACUUUGAACACAUGCUCUCUCUCCAUCCAUGUCUUCCUCUUCUAGGCUUUGGUCAUGCUGGUAAAGCAAAUGGCCAUCGUGGACCCUGUAGUUAUCAAAACUGUUAUUGACCAGCUUCAGCGUUCUCCUUUGUACAAGGUGAGCAAAUUUUGUUCUGUAGAACCCUUUCUGUGGUGUAUUAAGCCAGUAUCUCAAUUUUGGCUGAAUUUCCCUCCCACUCUUUUGCUCGUCCAUGGAUCCAAAAAUUUGCUUGCUAUUUUCUCUCUACAUGCUUUUUCAUGCAUGAAUUUGGCUGAAUAGGUCCUUUGCCGGUAUAUAGAUUUGUCUGAGCUUCUCUCUCUCUGUUUAUCUAUCUUACAAAAGGAUUCUAUUUAUUUAUAUUUACUCAGAAAUAAAUUCCUGUGGGUUGGGGUCAGCAACCUUUUUCAGCUGUGGGCCGGUCCACCGUCCCUCAGACCAUGUGGUGGGCAGGACUAUAUUUUGGGGAAAAUUCAUAUGCCCCAGAAAUAACCCAGAGAUGCAUUUUAAAUAAAAGGACACUUUCUACUCAUGUAAAAACACCAGGCAGGCCCCACAAAUAACCCAGAGAUGCAUUUUAAAUAAAAGGACACAUUCUACUCAUGUAAAAACACGCUGAUUCCCAGACCAUCUGUGGGCCGGAUUGAGAAGGCGAUUGGGCCGCAUCCGGCCCACGGGCCUUAGGUUGCCUACCCCUGCUGUGGGCUCAAUGGGACCCCUUCCCAAGGGUCUAUGCUUCAGGGAUUAUGUCUGGAACUUGUUUUUCCUGCACAGUUCUGGAUCAUUUGAAAUAAUAAUCUCAAUGGAAUGGCCUCAGAAAUGUGUGUGUUAUCUCUACUGAAAUGUCAGGGGAUAGGGGCAAUGCUGCUGCUAUCACAAAAGCAACAAGCAGUCUUGUAGCCCCUCAAAGCUAACAAAUAUAUCACGAUAUAUAUAAAGCACAAGCUUUUCUGGGCUAGAGUCUACUUCAUCCAUAACACAUGUGUUAGUUUUUAAGUUAAGUUACAAGACCUUAUGGUUUUUGCUACAACAUACUAACAUCACUACCCUUGUGGGGGCUGCUAGAAUGUCAGUUUGAGGCAGAUUUAAACCAGGGAUGGGAAACGGUUGGGCCUCCAGAUGUUCAGCUCCCAUCAGCCUCAACAGCACGACCAAUGGUCAAGGAUUACGGCAGCUGUAGUCUAAAAACAUCUGGAGGGAUGCCACAGACUUCUCAACCCUGAGACACCAUGCCUCUAUUUUUCCAGAAACUGCACAGUUCUACAUCUAGAAGCCUUGCUGCUGGUGUUAUAAUGGGAUCUGUGCAACUUCACUUGCUGUUAGUACGUGAGGAUUUGUCCAAGGCACCAAGCAUGUUUGCAUUCUCCAGUUCUUUAGGCUAAUUCUUCUCCCAGAACUCCUUGAACAUGAUUUCCUUUUUAAACAACAACAGCAACAACAAAGGGUCAUAUUUAGCCUAAGAGAAUCCCCGCUGAACUUGAAAUCACCUUCCUAGAAUGUUAUGGGAACAGCCCAAGAUACAUGAUUGAAUCAAGGGUUUGCAUUUGAUGCCGCAAGAAUUGUGAUCUAUGCAAAGUGCAGAAACAGCUAAGACCACCCUCAAUUAGAGAUUUGUUUCUGAGAACUAUCAGGUUUGUUUCUGAGAGCAAUAUGCAUGGGAUUGGGUUACAAGUAUUGUAUUAUUUUUUUCAAGGACUUCCUACCACUCGAUUUUCCUUUUUCCAUUGUUCCAUUCGUUCAUGUUCUCAGUAAUUUAAAAGUUUUGUCUGUGUUGCGGAUGCAGCUGUCUUUAGAGUUAACGGGCUAGAAGGAAAACAUAAAUAAGAAAGCAGAUUUUUAUUUCUUAUAUAAGCACAAAGUAACAUGGAUCUUAGGGACGCGGAUGGCGCUGUGGGUUAAACCACAGAGCCUAGGACUUGCCGAUCAGAAGGUCGGCAGUUCGAAUCCCUGCAACAGGGUGAGCUCCGUUGCUCGGUCCCAGCUCCUGCCAACCUAGCAGUUCGAAAGCACGUCAAAGUUCGAGUAGAUAAAUAGGUACCACUCCAGCGGGAAGGUAAACGGCAUUUCCGUGCACUGCUCUGGUUCGCCAGAAGCGGCUUAGUCAUGCUGGCCACAUGACACGGAAGCUGUACGCCGGCUCCCUCGGCCAAUAAAGCGAGAUGAGCGCCGCAACCCCAGAGUCGGUCACGACUGGACCUAAUGGACUGGACCCUUUACCUUUACCUAACAUGGAUCUUGCCUGCCUUUGACGAUGCAUGCCUUUGGACCGGCAUCCUGAACAAAAGCUUUGAGCUUUUCCUAUAUCCUAUGAAGUUUAUUUUGUUUACCUCUUUAAGUUUCUUCUUCUUCUUUGUGUUGUAACAGGUUUUGUAAGCUUUGAAAAUCAGUAAAACAUAACUAGAAAAGAAGUGGUGGGGACUGGUGAAUAGUGGAAGAAAGAGUGGCAGUCCUACUGGGGCAGAAUGAAGAGCAGGUUGAAGGGACAGUCUGUUGAAAUAUCACAAGCACAUGGCGUUUGUUAAAUGGAUAGUUCAUGUUCUGUUUUUUGCCUCUUUACCCUCAGCAUCGCGUUGAUGCUGCAAGACUGCUGGCCACCAUAGGGCUCGAAAUCAUCCAAGAGGAAGGCUUGGAGGAGGAAGUGUUCAAUGUGCUUCUGGAGAAGUUGUCUGAGGAACCUUUUCUGGUGAUGUUGAACUUUUCAAAGCUGUCCCUUUGGUUUUUCAGUUUUGCGAACUAGGCUUUAUAGUACAGUUCUGCCUUGCCUUUUAAAACACCCAAAUUCUGUAGUUCUCCAUCAUGUCCUGUUCCAUUCAGAUGCCAUCUGUGCCUAAGCAACGGAUGUCCAAAAUGUAUACACCCCAGCUUAUGUUUUUUAAUCAUAUGGAAGCUAGUUUGAGGGCAAGUGCAUCACGCACAAGUAUUUCUCAAUAAACUACAAGAUACAUAUGGAUUGUGGCUAACAUAAUGUGUACUCUGCUUCAAAUACCAGUGGUGGGAGCACACUGGGAUUGAAGUAAACAGCAAUGUGUACACAGCCUGAGUUAUCCAAAGAAUUCAAACUGAGAAACUAUGGUUAAUGGUGUUGGUUCAAGGAAACAAUAGGUAUAAAAGCAGAAUUCCUAGAUGCCAAUAUGAGGUUUGUGUCUCAUCCUUCACCCAGGUUGUGAGGCAGGCUGUUGCCUCAACUGUUGAAGAACUGAACAUAAAGAAGCGAGUCUGGGACAUAGUGGAGAAGUAAGCUGCAAGAUAAGGCAACGAUUCAAUGUAUAUUCCAUUUUUUUCCUUCAGUGAGAGAGACCCUAAAGGUGGCUGCAACUUUCACACUUCUCAACUGCAGGGGUCAAACCGCAGAAAGUGCCACCUGGUGUGAGGCUGUGUACACCCUGUAAAAGCACAUUUCCCCCCUCCUAAAAAUCAUGGGAACUGAAUUUUUCUUAAGGGUUCUGGAAAUUGUAGCUCUCCGUGUGCUAAACUACAGUUCCCAGGAUUCUGGAAGGGGGUGCUUUAAUUGUAUUGUGUGUAUGCAACCUGGGUGCAAAAGGAGCUAUAGGGCUGCACCUGCCCACACACUUUACAGAACCCAGCAUUUGAACCAUAAUUUCAUUUACUAGAAUCCACAUUCUUAAGGCUCAUGAAAUUUCAAAUUGUCUUAAGCUGUAUACAGAUGAUGAUUAGAGAGUUUUUAAAAAAACAUUAUAACAAAGUUACUGCAGGACUUAUACACCUUUAAAGGCAAUUCCUAGUGGGAAGGAGCAGCGGAGGAGCAAGCCGAGAGGGCGCCUGGGACGGCGCACAUGCCCUGUGCCCAGGGGUGGGGCCAGCCGAUCUGGGGCAGGACAGUCUGCGGGGCCUCUGAGCAGUCUGUCUGGUUCCUCCCACUCAGCCGCCCUACCACUUAGGGGGAGGCAGCGAGUGGACUGUUUGGGGCAGCACGGAGCCUGUGGGCACCCAAGCCACCACGUUACUCCCAGGAGAGACGCGUAGCUCUGGCGUGCUGCAGGCCCCGGAGUGAGUGUCGCCCGGCAUUUUGUCACCCCCCUCAGUGGUAACACCCAGGGCAGCCCGCCCCCACCGCACCCCCUUCCCCCGCCCCUGGGAAGGAGAGGUAGACGCUAAGAGACAGAGCGAGUCCCAUUCAGAGUCAGAGGAGAAAUCUCCCUGAAGGAAGAGAGGCAUGGAUUGUGCAGACCACCGGCUUUUCUGGGAAACAAAAAUCCUUGGCUGAGCUGCUGGAGUAGGCCGCAAAGUGGUUUAAACAAUAUUGUAGAGCUAUCGUUUCUUCAGCAUACACUCUUUUUUUACAAAAAAAAAUAAUCUUGACCCACUGUGGUCUCUGCUCAAACUAGUUUAGCAGCUUUUUGUAGUGCUUUAAUCUAGAAAAAAAAGCCAAAACUACUCUACUGAAGCAUGAUCUGAAUAUUGCAGCAGAUGAUGAUGAUGGUGAUGGUGAUGAUGAUAUUUAUACCAUGAUCAUCCAGCUGGGUUUCCCCAGCCACUCUGGGCAGCUCCCAACAGAAUAUUAAAAACAGAAUAAAACUUCAAACAUUAAAAACUUCCCUAAACAGGGCUGCCUUCAGAUGUCUUCUAAAUGUCAGAUAGUUGUUUAUUCUCUUGACAUCUGAUGGGAGAGCGUAUCACAGUGCAGGCGUCACUACUGAUAAGGCCUUCUGCCUGGUUCCAUAUAACUUCACUUCUUGUAGUAAGGGAACCGCCAUAAAGCCCUCGGAGCUGGACCUCAGUGUCUGGGCUGAACGAGGGGGAUGGAGAUGCUCCUUCAGGUAUACUGUCCCAAGCUCCCUUUUGCAUCUUAUAACCUCUUGUGUUAACCAUGCGUCACAGCAGACUCCUAGAGCACAUUUAUUAAACAGACUGGUCCUGAGGCUUACUUGCACAGAACUGAAGUGGUGGAGGGGAACCUCACAACCCGCCUACAGAAAUCCCACCACAUCUGCCGAACUGCAGGAAGAGUGAUGGCUACAUUCAGCUUCCUUUCAACCCAUGACACAUGAAAUUUGGCAAGACAUUGGUGUGAACCCACACUCUAGUUACAUAACAUAUUCUGGAUUGGAGUCCCGUGGCUGCUUUUUCAGCUCAAACAUGCUUUUAAGAAAAUAGGUUUACAGUGGUACCUCAGGUUAAGAACUUAAUUCGUUCUGGAGGUCCGUUCUUAACCUGAAACUGUUCUGAGGUACCACUUUAGCUAAUGGGGCCUCCUGCUGCCGCCGCACCGCAACUGCACGAUAUCUGUUCUCAUCCUGAAGCAAAGUUCUUAACCCGAGGUACUAUUUUUGGGUUAGCGGAGUCUGUAACCUGAAGCGUCUGUAACCCUGUACCACUGUAUUGCAAUGUGUGAUUUUGCCAUAUAGUGAAGCUAUGUGAAAGGAUGGGUGGUUUGCCACAUAUGUGCUCCUGAGGCAAAUUAAAAAUAGAGGAGGGGAAGUACUGAUUUUUCUGUUAGUGAUUGAAAUAUACUACGCCAGAGGCUACUUGCAAUCUAGUCAUCUUUGCUCCAUGGGAAGAGGCUGCUGCAAUGCGGAAUUAGGGGAAAAAACCAAACAGAUCAAACAGGACUCUUUAGGCCAGCAACAAGGCUCUGCCCUUAUCCAUUAUAUUUGCAGAGUUACUGGGGUUGCAGUCUUAACCCCACAUAUUUAGAACUAAACCACAUUGAAUUCAAUAGGAUUAACAUCUGAGCAGGCAUGUGGCUUAUCCACACUUCCUCUUGUGUCUCAGCUGCUUCCCUCCCCUGCUUUUUAGCGCUCAACUGGAGCAGGCAGCAAUUUGGGUUUCCCCCAGAUUAUCAUUUGUUCCCACCUAUUGUUAAAGAGUGAGUUUUCCCUGGGAAAGGAGAAGGGCAAGGGGAAAACUGCUCAGAACCCAUGCUUUCUAGGCAUGGCACAAGCAGAAGUGUGAACAAGCCCUUGGCGAGGAUUGCACUGUAAACUACUGCUGUUCACAGGAUCAGAAUCAUAGAGCUGGAAGGGACCAUGAGGGUCAUCUAGUCCAACCCCCUGCGGUGCGGGAAUCUUUUUGCCCAACAUGGGGCUCGAACCCAAGACCCUAAGUCGAUUCAAGGCUAGUGCAAAGGAAGCCAUGAAGUAGGCACUUGCUGCUGUUGUCCCCCCCCCCCAAACAUCCAUCUGUACACAGCCUUGUAACCUGAUCCUAUGCAUGUUUACUGAGAACUAAACCUCACUAAUUCAUUCCCAAAUAAGUGCACUUUGAACUGCAGUCUUAUUCUCUGGCAUCUCUCAUCCAGGUAUGGGAAGCUUGCAUCAGGAGGAUAUCGCUUUGGUUGAACUGAGAAGGUCAUAUUUGAAAAGGGUUCUUUCAAAUUGUUGAGAAAUAAUAUCACAGUGGAACCAAUAUCUUUUUGGGGGGGGGAUCUCAUGGAUAUGAACAUUUUUCUUCUUCUCCUCUGAAAUGUCAGUACUGGUAAAUGCCUCCUUUUUUGUCCAUAGGCAGCUAAGGGAUGACAAAGAUGAGAUCCGAAAGAAGGCUGUGAUUGCAUUAGUAAGUCACACUUCAUGUUUAGUCACAUAGCCUUGGAGCUGUCAGCUUGCAAUCACAAAAUGUGCAUUAUUAUUAAUAUUAUUAUUAUUAUGCAAGCAGUGCUUUUUUUCAGGGGAUACUCAAGGGUACUCAAUACUGGCGCCUCUUUUUGUUGUUGUUAAAAAGUGUGGCACUUACUGUAACAACUUCAUGGUGAACGCUGGCACCUAUUUUUCUAGGGGGCGGGGACGCACUGUAUGCAAGGAUACAUAGAUUGGUGUUCAACUGGAUAAACUCUGCUGACAGAAGAUAUCCACCAGCUGAAUAAGAAGGAAGGCUGUUUCCAGCAAUUCCUCCUUUCCCCCAUUGCAUCCCCCAUCUGCAGCAGAGGAUUUGGAACCUUCCAGGGGGAUUGCCAAAAAUCACCUCCCCCUCCCCACUCUACUGACUUCCAACAGUGAAGAGACACAAAUCAGAUAUUGCCCAUAGUAAGCUGCAUGCUUGCCUUUGGGAUUAAACUGUUACGAUAAUUCCAGAGCCCCAAGAAUGUCUUCACUACUCACCUGAAGGCCAAGGUGAAAGACUGGCUGGACUUCCCAAGGGAGGGAAGUCCAUUACCAUCACAUUCCUAAGCCCCACAUGCCCCAGGCAGCCAAGUCUCUGAAUCACCUUUCCCCAACCCAGUGCCUUCCAGCUGGUUUACACUGCAAUUCUCACCACUCCUGACUAUUGGCUGGAGCUGACGGGAGUUGUAUGUAGCCCAGAAACCUGGAAGGCGUCAGGCUGGGGAAGGCUGCUCUGAAAGCAAAGGGGCACAGAACAUGGUCUCCAGUGAUGAACAUAUGCAAACUCAGAAAUUCCUGGUCUCAAGCCAUUUCGGGCUUUGUUGUUAAUAACCAGAACUUUGAAUUGUGCCUAGAAUCACCAACCAACACCCACCAACAAAAACAUCAAAUCUUGGAGCAACUCACAUAACACCAGAGUGUAAUGUACUCCACAAAACUGACGCCAGCCAACCUUCUUGACAGCUACGUUUUGCACCACCUGAGGUUUCUGAACACUUUUCAUGGGCAGGAACUCAGAGCAUUUGGAAGUCAUCUUAUUUGGAAGUGAGUUGUAUGGCCAAGGCAUGUGUGAAUGUGGGUGGGUCUGCCUUUCCCAAGAAAUUAUUGGGCCUAAAGCUCUUGAGAACCUUCAGAAAUACUUACAAGACAUACAGGCACUUCCAGACUGUCAUAACUUUUGGUAUUCAGUCACAUAGCAACAAAUUCAGGCUGCACAAUUAGAAUCAGCCAGUCGGACUUUACCAGGAAUGAGGCCCACUGGAGCACCAGCUGAAGCUGGACAAAACACUAUUGGGCCAAAGUACUCCAGGAGUACUCCCAGGUUUUUAGGUCGACAUCCCAUCCAAUGGAAUGGUAGUCUUCCUGGCCAAUAGCAGUUCUGUCUUGCACAUAUUUAAUUUCUGUUUGUUUACCCUUAACACUUCCUGUUUGUAGAUUAUACAUUUGUGUGUAGAUUUGCUUAGGGAAAUGAAGCUCCUCAGAUACGUGUGGUACUGAGACCUCUGGGUAUGGGGCAGUAUAGAAAUUCAAAAAAAUUUCAAUAAAUAAUAAUACAUGUGUCCAUCUAUUAUUGUGAGAAGAAAAGUGCUCUCUGAUCAUGAAAGAUGGCCAGAUUAAAUGUUGUGGCACACCAUUAAGAAUAAAAUAUAUAUUUAAAGAAGAUAAAUAAACGAGUAAGUUAAUUUGGAUAUGCAGAAGAUAUUAAAAAUAAAGGAACUGCAGAAAGGGGGGGAAGGAAGUCAAGUUUUAAAAUGUCACAAUGAUUGUAAAAUCAGUGAAAUGUAUAUAUCUGAAAAGUAUAAAUAUAUUUUUUAAAAAAGAAUAAAAUGCCAAUUUGAAAAACCUUUCUGCAUCUUGUUUUGCUUUAUAUAAGUGACACUUCAUUCCUCUGCCUCUCACUAGGGUGUCCUUGGCAUUCGCAAUAAGAAUUUGUUCUUUGCCAUGUUGGAAAUGCUGGAGCUAGACACCUGUGAGGAUGUCCGCAUACAGGUUGGUAUCAGGGCAGUUCAGAGUCCUGUAGGUUGGAACCUUCUGUGCUGCUGACUGUGUCUCUUUUGCUGAUCAGUAAAUUGAGUGUUUCCCCACAUACUCCUCUCAGGUUGUCAGGGCAUUUUCCACUCUGGGGAUGGACAACAUGCAUGUGAGGAAGAGCCUUGUGAAGAAAGCACAGACAAAAGGGAUUCUUGCCAGGUAUGAUGCACAUUAAAGGUAAAGGUACCCCUGACCAUUAGGUCUAGUCGCGGACGACUCUGGGGUUGCGGCGCUCAUCACGCUCUAUAGGCGGAGGGAGCCGGCGUACAGCUUCCGGAUCAUGUGGCCAGCAUGACUAAGCCGCUUCUGGCGAACCAGAGCAGCGCACGGAAAUGCCGUUUACCUUUCCACCGGAGUGGUACCUAUUUAUCUACUUGCACUUGACAUGCUUUCGUACUGCUAGGUGGGCAGAAGCUGGGAUCGAACAACGGGAGCUCACCCCGUCGCGGGGAUUCGAACCGCCGACCUACCAAUCAGCAAGCCCUAGGCUCUGUGGUUUAGACCACAGCACCACCCACAUCCCUAUGAUGCACGUUAAGGGGUGCACAAUAAAGUAAAAGCCAUGCCUGACGCAACUCCCUGGGAGCAGGAGGUCUGUUUGAAGGCCAUAUCAGAGCAGCAAUCUCCUAAGAGGCAGGGACAAGGGAAUAAGUGGUGAGGGGUAAAAAUCCCAGAAGCAGCCCCUGUAAAGUCGAAGUGGAAGCAGAGGCAGUCUGUAACCAGCUAGAGUAGGUUUCUUAGUUGCUCAGAACCUUCGGCAAGCUUGAUCAGGGAGCCUCUUAUAAGCCAGGAAGCAUCCUCAGCCGCCUGCACAUCUUGUUGAACAGAGGUUUUCUUGUCUGGUCCUUCCUGCAGUUUCCUCCUUUGGCUUGAGCUGGCUGGUGGUAGACGCAGGCAGAGUCCCUGCCUGAUGUCCCUCAGGCUGCCAGUUCAAUGCCCAUUGCAAGCUGGAGUCAUAGCUGGUUUGAAAGUGACCUAGCUUAUAGAGAAUUUGUAUGUGUGGAUGUGGUGGGCCUAACCAGGUGCAAAUGGAGUGUGCUAAAAAUGUGUCUCUUGGGUUCCUGGAACUGGGCACUUGAAUUCCUGACAUGGGGAUUCUUAGUUCAGCAUCAGGUUUCCCAUGCAAAAUGCUACCGCGGCAAGUGAACAUUGCAAAAGGGGGAGAAAGUGUGUGUGGGGGGGAGAGUUUUCUCUGGGGGUAAGUAAUUUACUAACUGGCAGGAUAAUCCUAUUAACGGAUUCAAAAAUAUGGCAUCCCCCAAAGGGAGUCUUUAUUCACCUUCCUUUUCUUUUGCAUUCUCCUUGGCUCUCCUUCCUCCUUCACAGAGAAUGUUCCAAAGCCUUGGAGUCACUUGAUAAGGUCUCUGAUGCCCAGAAAGAGUAUAUGCUCCAAUCCUUCAAAAUCUACUGAGAUGACUUCUUUCUUUUUGGAUUGCGACAGCAGAAUCAAGGCAAGGCAGAUGGAAUAAAACAUCGCCUCUGGUUUUCCAGUGGCAAAGUGUGUGAGAAUAUAUCUGAGCAGGCC